CGGCGUUCCGAGCCACGCCGAGACAGUACGGUCCCGCGCGCGCUGGCACACUCGAUAUUACACACGCGCGUUCGGCUCCCGGAGACUCGGAGACACCGAGACAGAGAGUUACAGUACACGGUGUUCUUUGCGCCUUGCGGCCAGUGUUUCGUCGCCGGCAAACUUGAGACGCGAGUGCUUAACAUACUGAGUGCGACGUUGAUGGAAAAGAGGUACAGACGCAAUGCCCCAUUAUAGUGCGUCGUUAUUGUUGUUGUUGUGCGCGGUCGAACCUAGUAUCGCUGUAGCACUGCUAUAGCGCGGCGUGAUAAGUGCAGCGCCGCUCGCUCUCUCGACGAUAGCGCGCGAAAACCGAGUCGUCUCUGCUCGCACACAGCGAGCACCUUAAACUUGAAUCGCAGCGGACAAUCCUCGGCCCCGCGAUACACAAUAGAAAGUUCGCGAGCGAGCGAUCGCGGUCAUCGGCACACAUCAGGCCGAGCUCGCGACUCUACGGAGGCUCGUCCCGAAUAACAAAGAGGUUUUCCGGCGGCGAGUGAUCGGCCGAUCGGUAACGGGACCGCACAGCUGAAAAUCGGCGCGCAUACAUCCGCGGAAAGUGCGCGAUGCCCGGGCUCAACGCCGAGGAUGAUUCGCGAGAGCUUCCAUCGUCGUCCGCGCGAGUGUACGGCAUUCAGUCGCGUGUUCAGUGAUACAGUGCCGAUCUCCGCUCUGCACAGACGCCGAUUAUCGCUCUCUCCUUGCCGAACGAUGCCAGGAGUCCUGUCGGCGGGAUAACGGAGCGGACGACGCCCGCGGAAUGCGCAAUUUUCGUGCGACGAUUACGUGAAUAUUCAGCGACGACGCGGAGAUACGAGAACGAGUUUGGCGAGUGCAGAGACAGCCCGCAACCGGACGCUUAUUAGUCGCGACGUGCGCGCGAGAAAAAGAGAGGAGGUUCCGCAUAGGUGUUAAUAAAGCGACGGGACCAAAACACGAGAAGAUCGCCGCCGCGCAGCUAAUUGGAGCCUGCAGCGAUCGAUCUCGAAGCGAGGUCAAGCCACUCGCGAUUAAGGGCUUUGCCGAACGCUGUGAAAUCGGAAUCAAACUACUACUACUACUACUACGACUAGUACUCGCGUGAGUCACGCCACAACACACAGCACGUGGCGAGAGAGGGGCGUGUCUUCGCCAAGCCGGCGAAAAAUUUUCCCCUCGACUUUUCCUUCCGUCGAGGGAUACACGUAACUGCUUCUUCGCUCUACGUCACACGCGCACAGCAGACAUGCUCAAGAUACGGAUGCUAGAUUACAUCGGCGACACCGGGAGGCAGCAGCUCGAGCAGUCGGUCUACUGCGAGACUGGCGCGGCGCCCCGUAGUCCCGGCGAGGAUCGCCAGGAUGCCAGGAGCACCGACAAGCUCAAGGGCCCGACGCAGGAUUUAUUCGAGCUGCUCGAGAGGGUGCAGAGCUCGCGCCUCGACGACCAGCGCUGCGUGCUUCCUCCGUACUUCAGCCAGGUGAGCAAAGAUAACUCGAACGCCAGCCCGGCUGUUGGACAAGGCGUGAGUGCCCGCCAAUCAAAGGUCGUUCCGCUGACGUACAGCACCACAUCUCGCGAUGAGCGAACAAACACGAGUACAAGCGCGCAGGCGAGCGGCACACCGACACCGGUACCUUCGCCGGUCGGCGAGGCCCCGAUGGGUCGGUCCCUCAUGGAGUCGGCCCUCCAGCAGGCGGCAGCCACGGCCCUGCCACCUCCGAUGGUCGUCACGCCGCCGGGAUACUGGCUCGACGGCACCGAACACAGGCACACCCUCGACUCGGCCGGCAGAGCUCUCCUGCCGGCCCAACCGGCCUGGCAGCCCAGGAUAGACCAGGACGACACGGCCAAGUGCUACAGGCGCUUCUUCGUCGGCAGGGAACACCUGAACCUCGUCGGCAGAGACUCGGACAACGGACCCGUGCUGGUCUCGAUAAAGGCGGAGACGGUGGCCGGACAGGAACACUGGCGGGUCCUACUGCGACUGAGAGCCGGCUCGACCCACGAGCUCGUGCCAGCCCUCACACUCGGGCCCAAUCCUUCGCCCGCCAAGAUGGUCAAGGCAAUCAACGACAGCCUGAGCGUGAGCACGCUGAUGCCGGUGGUCUGCUCGGGCGCGGGCAGCUUGAUCGCGCGCUACGACGAGCACGCCCUGGUGUCCCGCUUCAAGUUCGGCGUGCUCCACCAGCGAGCUCGCCAGGUCACCGAGGAGCAGCUCUUCGGCAAUCGCCAGAUAACCCCGGCCUUCCAGGAGUUCCUCGACCUGCUCGGCCAGCGCAUCGACCUCAAGGACCACAAGGGCUACCGCGGCGGACUCGACACCCGGCACGGACAGACCGGCGACUCCGCGGUCUACGAAGUCUUCCGGGGCAGGGAGGUCCUCUUCCACGUCGCCUCGCUCCUGCCCUACAGUCCCGGUGACUCGCAGCAGCUGCAGAGGAAGCGACACAUCGGCAACGACAUCGUCGCCAUCAUCUUCCAGGAGGAGGCCACACCCUUCAGUCCCGACAUGAUCGCCAGCCACUUCCUGCACGCGUUCAUCGUCGUCCAGGUCAUCGAUCCGUGCACGGCAAACACCAGGUACAAAGUGAGCAUCACUGCGAGAGACGACGUUCCGUGGUUCGGGCCCACCCUACCGACGCCCGCCGUUUUUCUGCGUGGAGUCGAGUUCAAAGAGUUCCUCCUCACGAAGCUCGUCAACGCCGAGAACGCCGCCUACAAAGCCGAGAAAUUCUCAAAGCUCGAGCUUCGAACGCGGUCAGCCCUCCUGGAAUCCCUGACCGAGGAGCUGCAGACAAAGACGAGCGAGUUCCUGGGCGCUGGCGCCGGAAACCUGCCCUCGUACCUGGGUGGCUGUCCGGUUAGCCCGACCUCAAACGACGUGUCCGGCUCAGGCUCCGGUGGAUCCGGCUCGCGGUUUAUUGACACCGUUCGCAAGGCCCUCAUCUCUCGGGUGCGUAACGCCUCGACCGAGAGCGUGCCUCAGCAGCUGUCCAAGAAGGCCCAAUCCCUCGAGCCCAGCCCACCCAGCAAUCGACAGUCCACCAGCAAACUCGCGACCGGGAAGAGGUCCGUCGAGCCGUCCAGUCCGCUCGGCUCGCCCGAUCUCACGCUCAGGAGGGAUUCCGAUAGAAACAGCCCAAGCUUAGGCAGCCAAGACAGCAGUCUCUCCAACACCGACAACCAGGACAGCAGUAGCCUGACAACGGUCCAACAGGACGACGAAAAGCGCGAGACGAGUUCCCUGAACGGUCUGCCCUCGAGCAUCGCCGAGAACAGCCUCGGCGGCGUCGUCGAGAAGUGCAGCAGUAGCAGCAACGUCGUUCUCGCCGGGUCCUCUGGCUCGUCCAGUUUCCAGAGGCUCACCCACGAGAACCUGCGCAAACGCGAGGAACGAGCCGCAGCCGUUGUCGCAGCCCUUCACAGCGAGGCGCAGCAACAACAGCAGCAACAACGGGUUAUUUCCGAGAGCGACGACAGCUCGCUCAACAGUGAGCUCGAGCUCGAUCAGGCCGUCUAUCCUGACAGCGACACUGGCCUCGAGAGCAUGAGUUCCGCCGAGACGCACGAGGCUAGAGGUGUGGCCAAAGAGAUUGGGCCAUCCGGUGUUGCGACCGAGAGCGAGACGCUCAGGCAAGAAGUCACGAGGCUCAAGUGCGACAAGCUGGACUUGUUGAGACAGAAUGUGACGUGCCAACGAGACAUCAAACGCCUGCGCGAGAAGGAGCUGCAGCUACAGUCCGACCUUGCAGCCGCGUCGAAGGAGAUUCUUCGGCUGCGAGCGAUGCUGAAGGAGUGCUCGUCGAGCAUCACCCUCGAGAACAACAAUCAGCAGGCGUCAACGGUCUGAAAGCGAGGUCCCGAGCCGAGCUCAGGCGUUGAUUAGUUGUCCGCGAGCCCUAUAAAAGGUGGAUAGAGCCGCGCAAGCUUAGAGAAGCCAAAAGCCCGAGAGGCACGACGCGAUUGAAGGGAGGAAAGAGUGAAAGCUGAAUUCUUCUGUCGUGUCUUCGUCGUCGUCUUCGUUUUUGUCGUCGUCGUCAUCGUCGCUGUCAACUUUUCGAAGGAUGGAAGGCGGGAAGGAAACUUCUCUUGUAGAUGAUUCAAAUGAUGGGUACAAAUUCUCGAUGAGUCCGAAGCGCGAAACGUAUACUAGAUAUUACCGAGGAAGCAGGAUGCGAGAAAUGACGUCAGCGCAUCCUUGCCCCCUGGAUUCCUCGCUAUCUUUAAUGGAGAGAUAAGCUUAUUUCUGGACAUGCAUCGAAGAUAAUGCAAUCCUGACUGUGAGAGUACUUGUGCAAGUUGUAUUUGGAAAGUAUUUAAGAUACUAAUUUAUUUGUAGCCGCUAAGAAACAAAUCCCUCUUCGUAGUCAAUGUAUAGAGAGCAGAGAAAGAGAGAAAACAAUGUAAUAAUAAUUAUAUAUCAAGAAAGCCUCGAGGGCGCGUAUCUUCACUGUCGAUGUGUGUUUAGAUUUGACGAGACAAAACGCAAAACAAAUUUUUAGAUUAGACACCUUUGAACGUUACUUCACACAGCCAAGUAGCGAGCAAAUCUAUAACAACAGCACAUGUCUAUGGUUAUUAUUAUUACUAUUAUUAUUAUUUUAUAUAAGUAUUAGUUGAAUCGUGUUACCUAACUCUUUCAUUAUUAACUGUUUUUCGUCACUGUUGCACAUUACUUCGAUUUUUCGCGGGCUUCUUACGUAUAUGUAUAAUGUAUAUACAUACAUGCAUUUCUUUUCUAAAGAGGAAUAAACAUUCUUCGAUGUAUAUUAGUAGUGGAAAGCGUGCACUUUAGCGUUCGGCGAAAUUACUAUCGCUGAUUGGCUUUACCAAAUUUAUUAGCAAUUAAGUUAUCGAGAUUCUUUUUGUAAGUUCUAUCCGAACAGAAACUGUUCCGAAUCGGUCAGUAGUAUUAGUGUACAAUUACAUUAAUUCGUUUUUUAAACGCCAUUAAUGACACCUUAAUUUAUUACUGUUACGUGCAAAAUAAAGCUCGUCGGAGGCUCGAUAUCCGACGAAAAUUAUCGUUUAUCUUACCGAGGAACGGUUUCUUUACAAGUUACAGUGCGACACGUAUAUGCAAAGCAUAAAUAAUUUGAGCCUUUUCUGCAUAUCAUUUCUUUCACUUAAGCUAUUCUUUUUCCGCUCUUUUCUUACUAUUUUAAUUGAUAAUCAUUUUAACGCUACUAUCCUUUAAUAGUAUUUUUAUAUAUAAAAUACAUAUAAAUACGUUUGUGUACAUACAUAAAGGCACCAAACUGAAUCUAGCAUCGAUCGCUAACUCACGCAUAACAAAUACCAAAGUUUAUCUCGUUAAGAUAUCGCUCUUUACUUUCCUACAUUCCCGUUUUGUCUUAACUGCACAACACAGGCGUACACAAUUUUUCGGCGCACAAUCACGGCAAACUAAACAAAAACAAGAGUGAGAAAGAGGAGUGAAAAGUCCAAUUACGAGGCGAAUUACAUUAUAUCCGGAUGCGCCUAACAGAAGCACAAGUCGUUCUUUUUAUAUUUUUCGUUGGAAGUCGUAAACACGAAUGGACAUAACAGAGAAAGAAAUGACAAAUAGAGUGACACCAUUUUUCUAUCCGCCACUGCCUAUGCAUUGUAACAUUUGCGAGGACGUUGACGCUAUAUUAUAUAUUUUGUACAAAUUUACAGAUGUGUAUUUGAGGUAUGUUGAAAGAAGCGCUUGAUUUCGCUAAAAUUUAUUUAUAUGUUUCGUUGAGAAAUUAAAAAGAGAUAUGUAAAAUUUGAAAGCUAAAACAGUAGUUUUUCGCAAUGUAUGAAACACAACAAAGAAAUGUAAAAAAAAUGUUUUUCUUGUUAUGACAAUGUCGAAGGCCGCCAAUGGUCAGCAAGACUUGAGACAGUACGAGCCCCGUUAUUUUUACUACGAAUGUGUAAAUAUUGAUGCAAAUAGGAGAGAGUAAUAAUGAAAGGAAUCGUGCGCUUCGCUGUAUAACGUCUUGUGCCACCAGUCGCAGCGGUCUCUUCGUCUAGGAAAAAAGUCUAUGUAUAGUAAACUAAGUUUACCACUUCUAGUGUGAUGUCUACGUUGGCCUUGAAAAAUCAAAGAUGAAGAAAAAAAGAAAGAUGAUUAUGAGCUAUUUAAAGAGAAGAGAGAAAGAGAGCAAAUGAAAAUGGGGGGAGAGAUAAAGAGAGAGGGAAAUAUGCGUUAUUAUAUUGGAAAAAGAGACAGAUUAAUAUGACUAUAUGUACACGUAUAUAGUAUAUAUAAAUAUAUAUUUUAUAUUUAAAUAUUAUAGAACCAUGCAAAUCUAUAGAUGACCGAUCUGCGAACUCCGACAUUCUCUAACGCUGAAAUUUAUGGAAAAAGGAUGUUCUCAAGUCAGGUACUAAGUGUUUGUACUUUUUGUUCUUCGUUCAUUGCACCACUCCUCUAUGACGAGAAAAACAAUAAUACUGUUCGUCAAUAAACAAGAGAUUAAAAACCUAA